AUGAGUUGGUUAUUACCAGUGGCGCUGGCCGUUCUGGCUAGUUCUUGUUUCGCCGAUCGGGUUCUAGUACUGACUGAGAACUUGGGCAUCCGCGACACGCAUUCUAUCUAUUUGGGCUCAAUCAAAGGUUUCUCAUCUGAUUUUGUGGGUUUUCAAGCCAAAUUAAGAUCGAGGACAUCAAGUUUUGGUUCGAACUGCUGAUGACGCUAGUUUGGCGUUGUUCAAACAUGGAGAGCUAAUUUACGAGCACUUGAUAAUUUUGGCUCCCGGAGUCCAAGGUUCGUUUUCAUUCGGUGUAUAAAUGUCAACCGUACCCCAAAAAGUUGAAGAAAUCAAGAUUUCUAUGGUCAAAAUAUGUGUACAAAUUUUUUUAAAUGAAUUAUACUUCUACACGAAGUCUAAUAAAAAAAAAACAUUGAGGGAUCUAUUUUUAACCAAGCCACCACAAUAGGAUUUUUUGUAGCUUUCGGAGGCUCUCUUUCGCCGAAAGAAAUCUCCAAGUUCGUCGACGCCGGCGGAAACGUUUUGGUAGCGGGAUCUUCAAAAAUCGGAGAGGCGAUUCGAGAUUUGGCUGUCGAAAAUGGCUUCGAGUUCGACGAAUCCAACACGGCCGUCAUCGAUCAUUUCAACUUCGAUUCAUCUUUGGUUUUCUUUUUUUCUUCUGAUGCACCUGUAAAUUUAUAUAGUUUGUCGGUGUUUUCUUAUCCGGAGAAAUGUUUAUUGGAUUUUUUAUCAGCUCUAAUUCCAGGACACGGGUGAUCACACCACGAUUGUUGUUGGCAAAGACCAGCUCAUCAACGCCCAGCUCAUCGUCGGAGACACGACCAAGAUUCGACCAGUUCUUUUCAAGGUUUUUUUGAUCUGGAACGCGUUGUCAAAAAAAUUCAAUGGGAAAAUAUUCUAAGAAUUCUGUGAUUAUGUUAAAAUACCUAGUUUUGUGAAUAAUAUUCAAUAUUGAAGGGAGUGGCACUGAUCAAGGACCCUUCGAAUCAUCUCGCGUUGGACAUUGUAACGGCCGCGAGUACUUCCUAUUCCCAUGUUCCAGGACAAAUUGCAGAGGUUUUUUCUCUCCUAAUUUACACCCUUUGUUCAACUUUCUCUCACCAUUAAUUAGGAUAAAUUUGGUUCUAGAGAAACUCAAAUAAUUGAAUGGCAAAAGUUCUUAUUAAUUUCGAAUCAUAGAGAAUUUCGACACAGAAGCUUUUUCUAGUCGCCAGGAUACCAGGACAACUUGACUUUUUCGUUUCUCAGAAUGUAGCGGUCGCUGGAAAGAAGACGUUGCUUGUCGCGGGUCUCCAAGCGCGAAACAACGCUCGUAUCGUCUUCACCGGCUCUGUCGACAUGUUCAGCGACGCUUAUUUCAAUGCGUUUGCCACUUCUGCGAAUCCCGCCAGAACUGCUGAGAGGUUUUUUAGUUUUCAUUUUUCUGACUUCUGAAAUGAAAGAAAAAAAUCGAUCUACGCAAAUUUGCCUUUUUUUAAAUCAACAUCAUUAGAAGGUUGAUUUAAGCUCUUUGAGACUUUGAAUUGAGUUUUGUUAGAAAAAUUGAUAAUUGGAAGUUUUCGAAACUCGAUAAGAUAAUCUCUUGAAAAAAACUGCGAGAAAUUCUGCGAAGUUUUUUUCAAAAAUUUCUUUCCUGAAUAUUUUAUUUCUGAAUGGUUACAGAGGAGUGGCUACUGGAAACGCAGCUCUGGUGAGCGCCAUCACUCAGUGGGUACUUAAGGAGAACGGCGUGCUGCGCGUGAAGAACGUCGAACAUCACCGCGUGGGCGAAUCCCAGCCUCCGCCACGCGAAUACACCAUCAUGGAGGACGUGGUCAGAACAUAGGCCGCCUUCCUUCUGCAAAAGUUUCUUCUUAGGAGUACGCCAUCGAAAUCGAAGAGCUGAAGAACGGAAAGUGGGUUCCGUUCCUCGGAAAGGACGUCCAACUCGAGUUUGUGCGCAUCGAUCCAUUUGUGAGAACAACUCUCCAAAACAAGGUUUUUUUUUCUCAGUGUUCUUCGUUAACAAAAUUUUUUUUCAGAACGGAAGACUUUCUUCCCAGUUCAAAAUCCCUGAUGUCUACGGUGUAUAUAAGUUUUCUGUUGAUUAUCGUCGCGUCGGCUACACUCAUUUGCUCGACGUUCGACAGGUAUUUUCUUUUUUUUUAAUCCAUAGUAGUUGUUUGCUUGAAGAAAUCGGAGCUUUAGACUGAUCAUGAGCAAAAAAACGUUUUACCCCAAUUCCAACAAAAAAAUUUUCGCUGUUACUGUUUUAGUUGAGUGAUAACAUAACGCCUCAUCUCUGUUCGUGAUCAUUCUAGUGAGUAUCUCUAGACGUUUUAUCGACUGGACUCGACUAAAUAUAGCGAAGGCUAUAAAUAAAAUUCUGAUGGAAUCAGGGGCUUUGAAGAAAAUUUCAAUAACUGGAAUUCUCGAACUCUUUGGCAGCCAGAAAGUAACAAAGUGUAAAUACAGAUGUCUGUUCGACCUUUGUGGCACACGCAGUACGAAAGAUUCAUCCGAUCCGCCUAUCCUUACUACGCGUCGAGCUUCUCAAUGAUGGCUGGAGUCGUGCUUUUCUCUAUCGCCUUCCUCUACCACAAAGACUCGGCCAAGGUCUCCGUCGAGGCCGCCAAGAAAAAGCACUGA